AUGAGCCGUCCACCAAAUUCUCCAUUUACUGAUGAACAGCUGGGUGACGAUGACUCAAUCCGUCUGUUGGAGCUGCAGCCUGGUCAGCGAGACAGCCCUAUUGUAAUCCGACUCUUCGUUCACAACUUGACAAGCGCUCCGCCGUAUGAAGCACUCUCUUACGUUUGGGGCGACCCAAACAAGACUGAGGCUAUUGAGAUCAAGUCACCAGCAACUUAUAUGGGCCCGAACACACAACUUCACGUCACGACGAGCUGCGUAAUGGCUCUCCGGCGAUUACGAUCGGCCGAGGCAACACGGAUACUUUGGGUAGACGCUAUUUGCAUCAACCAGGUGAAUGUUCCCGAGCGCAACCAUCAGUUGACCUUGAUGACCCGGAUUUACCAUAACGCCUCACGCGUGGUUGUCUAUCUGGGCGAAAAAGGACAGGAGGAUGACAGCGACGCCGUCAUGGAAUGGAUACAGGAUCUACAUGCUCCCUCCGAUGCAGGAGAAACACCAGAGAAACCCAGCAAUGAAGUGAUCCAAAGGUUCUUUGGACGCCGGUGGUUCACACGUGUUUGGGUUAUUCAAGAAAUCAAAGUUGCCAGGGCAGCAAUUGUCAUUUGUGGAGAGAAGAGCGUCACUUGGGACGCUUUCGAGCAAGUGCCUACCCACUUACUUGGCAAUGCAGGAUCAUUCGUAUCCCGCCGAUUCUUUACCGCUAGUUCAUGGCAACUACCAUACCCAGUCCGACUUUUACGAUUACUGGAAUCUACCAGAGAAUUUGGUGCCACAGACGCUAGGGAUAAGAUGUUUGCCAUCUUGCCGCUAGUGAAUCAGGACACACAGCAGUACCUAGGCAUCAGCCCGUCCGAUUCCUCCAGUACCUCUGACUCAUACGAUGACAACCAGCCGAUCUUUCCCACCAUCCGAGUCAACUACAGUCGUUCAACAUCUGAGGUCUUUGCCCAGCUUUCUCGGGACUUGAUAGACGCCAUAGGCCUGAAGAUGCUCCUAACUGUCGUCACUCCCACGACAAUUCCAAAUCUGCCUUCUUGGGCGACAGAUUGGACGACAAACCUGGACCCUCGGGAGGUGUAUAGGUUGAGCAGAAUCAAAUGUUUGAGGCAUAGGGAACUUUCCCACGUCAACGGCUUAAGGGACUGCACAAGUCCAGUCACAUGGAGCUUCUCAGAUUACAUCGACUCUGACGGCCUGAAAAGCACUCAGCUGGAAGUUUCCGGCAAUAUGGGUGGAACCAUACGCAAGCUUGGCGACGUAUGUGACAUUUAUGAGGACAUAUUCCCACUGGAGCAGUGGGAGAGUUUAUGCGACCCAAUUCAGCGAAAAGCACCGUUCAUUCAAGCCUUGGGGGGAGAGCGCGGCAUACACAUCAUACUUGGCGAAAUUCGACGUUUCAAUUCCAAACAACUUUCAAGGAACAUGGAAGUCUCUGGAGCAACGUAUUCUUCGAUCCACGGCAAAAUUGAGGAAAGAGGUGGGGAAAAGCUGGUGGAUAUCCUGGCUUAUCUACCCCCCAGUCUGAGGCACGCAGCUGAGGAUUUGUUCAGGGAAUGCCACAGUCGAAGGUUCUACGUCACGGAAACAGGACUGCUUGGACUGGCGCCGAAAUCGGCGAGGAUUUGA